UUUAUUAUAUUUUAAAAUUUUUUCUCUCCUUUUGCCAAUCAGAAUUCUAGAUUUGUCCCUUUACUAUUAAAUUACCAUACGGAAGAAGCUAGACGGUACCGUCUCCUCCUCUUCGCUUGUCGUAGAAGCCAUGACCAGCUCUUCCGCUCCUUCACGCAAGGCUUUAAGCAAGAUCGCUUGUAAUAGACUGCAAAAAGAACUUGUGGAAUGGCAGGUCAAUCCUCCUGUAGGAUUUAAACACAAAGUCACCGAUAAUCUUCAAAGAUGGGUAAUCGAAGUUAACGGAGCCCCAGGGACACUGUAUGCGAAUGAAACGUAUCAGCUUCAAGUGGAUUUUCCUGAGCACUAUCCUAUGGAAGCACCACAGGUGAUUUUUCUGCCUCCAGCUCCUCUGCAUCCCCAUAUUUAUAGCAAUGGGCAUAUCUGCUUAGAUAUUCUGUAUGAUUCCUGGUCCCCAGCCAUGACUGUUAGUUCUAUAUGUAUCAGCAUUCUCUCCAUGCUGUCAAGCUCAACUGUGAAGCAACGCCCUGCAGAUAACGAUCGGUAUGUCAAGAACUGUAGGAAUGGUAGAUCUCCCAAGGAGACUAGAUGGUGGUUCCAUGAUGAUAAAGUGUAACAAUGCAACAGAGUAAAUAUUUCCUGUAACCUGUGUAUAAAAAAAGAGGCGUCUGGUAAUAUUCAUUGGAGACGGUGGGAAAGAGAUUGCAGUUGUCUUGCCCCGAAAGCUUUUCCACUCGGUUAAUGUUGAACUUGCUUUGUAUUUACUUUGUGGAUGAUUAUUAUAUUGAAUGUGGUGGCCUCUCCACAACAGGUUGCACAUCUUAAAUGAAUUUAUUAUGUCUUCUGUCA